GUUUGCUAAGCAAAAAUGUCUGCCUAAGGGAAACUCGUAAGUUACAUUCAGGGAAUAUUUUGCAAAAUAUUACUGAAAACACCUUGAUUCCAAACUCGAGCAGACGCGAAGAAGGAAUACAAGGCUUCAGUUUUCACUCCAAUUCGAGCUAGUCGGAUAUUUAAACGGGAAAAGGUGUAGUUGCAGGAGCUGAAGAUGAACCCCCAGCAGCGCACUGCCGCUAUUGGAACAGAUAAGGAGCUGAGUGAUCUACUGGAUUUUAGUGCGAUGUUUUCUCCACCUGUAACCAGUGGAAAAAAUAGACCAACUACCUUGGGCAGCAGCCGAUUCAGUGCAUCAGGUAUGGAGGAGAGAACAAGCACAGCCACAUGGGAAGCAGGAGGACAGCAAAGUCCCUCUUAUCAGUCCUCCAGGGGUUUUGCAGACAGCCCUCAUUACGGUGAUCACUUGAAUGACAGUCGAUUAGUGUCCCACGAAGGAUUGUCCCCGACGCCUUUCAUGAACUCCAGUCUGAUGGGUAAAUCUUCAGAGAGAGGUCAAUUUUCAGUGUACACCAGAGAGCCAGCAGUUUCUGGAUGCCAAUCCAGUCUUCGAUCAGACAUGGGGCUUGGAAGUCCAGGACCGCUGUCAUCGUCGGCAAAGCCUGGAACCCCGUUCUAUUCGUUCUCUUCCGCAAAUCCACGACGAAGAACGCUUCACGACACUGCGCCACCUGAUCCCUUACAAGCAAAGAAAGUGAGAAAGGUUCCUCCUGGAUUGCCUUCGUCUGUGUAUGCACCCUCUCCAAGCUCAGACGACUAUAACAGAGAUUCUCCCAGUUACCCCUCUCCUAAACCUCCCAACAGUAUGUUUGCAAGCACUUUCUUUGAUGGGACCCAUAAUUCUUCUGACCUUUGGAGUUCGUCCAAUGGGAUUAGCCAACCAGGCUAUGGAGGAAUGCUGGGAAGCACCUCUUCUCAGGUAUCACAGUCCAGCAGCUAUGGCAACCUACAUACACACGAUCGCUUGAACUACCCACCGCAUUCAGUUUCACCAGCAGACAUCAGCGCCAGUCUUCCUCCCAUGUCCAGCUUCCACAGAAGCAGCACCAGCACUUCCCCCUACACUGCAGCUUCUCGCAGUCCUCCGGUGAACGGCUCCGAGACCAUCCUGGGAAGCCGGGGGAAUGCGUCUGGAAGCUCCCAGACAGGAGAUGCACUUGGGAAAGCCUUGGCUUCUAUUUAUUCACCUGACCACACCAGCAGUAGCUUUCCAUCAAACGCAUCAACACCAGUUGGAUCCCCAUCGUCUCUAGCAGGUGCAAACCACUGGCCAAGGGCAGGAGGACAGACACCCUCCUCUCCCAGCUAUGAGAAUUCUCUUCAUUCGUUGAAAAAUCGAGUUCAGCAGCAACUUCACGAGCAUUUGCAAGAUGCAAUGUCGUUCUUAAAGGAUGUCUGUGAGCAGUCUCGAAUGGAAGAUCGGUUGGAUAGGUUGGAUGAUGCCAUCCAUGUACUACGAAACCAUGCAGUGGGGCCUUCGACGAGCAUGUCUGGUGGCCAUGGCAACCUGCAUAGCUUACUGGGGCCAUCGCACAACGGGCCAAUUGGAGGAAUCGAUUCAAACUAUGCAGCAUCUGCGCUGGUGACAUCCAAUCGGACAGCUUCCAUGGUUGGUGCUCAUCGUGAUGAAGCUGCCAGUCUUAACAGCAGCCAUUCAGCACUGCCCAAUUCGGUGUCAACUCCAAGCACAGAAUUAAGCCACCAGGAGAACUACAGAGGUGGUGUAUCCAGCCAGCCAGCAGGCACAAGUCCAGUGGAACUAAAACUAGAGAAAAAAGAAAAAGACGAGAACGUACAUGAAACAAAUUCACCAGAUGUCUUCAAAUCAGACUAUGAGAGUGACAGAAAGGACCUCAAGAUGACACCUAGAGGAGGAACCAGGAUAAGUCUGUGUUCACCUCUUAGCAGUAUUAACGAGGAUGAGGACUUGAACCCGGAACAGAAGGCAGAGAGAGAGCGCGAGAGGAGGAUGGCCAACAACUCCAGGGAGCGAUUGCGGGUUCGAGACAUCAACGAAGCAUUCAAAGAGCUGGGCCGCAUGUGUCAGCUGCACCUGAAGAGUGAGAAGCCUCAGACGAAGCUGCUUAUUCUUCACCAGGCUGUCGCUGUGAUCCUUAAUCUUGAGCAACAAGUCCGAGAGAGGAACCUAAAUCCCAAAGCAGCCUGCCUUAAGAGGAGGGAAGAGGAGAAAGCUUCUGCUGUAUCGGCAGAGCCUCCUGCAGCUCACCAAGGAGUCCACCCUGGACUGUGCGACACUACAAACCCUAUGGGUCACAUGUGAACACCUGCCAGAUCAGAAUCAAGAUCAAGUUUGUAAUAUAACGAGUGGGUGACCUUUCAACACAAGGACAGACAAUACUAACUCUUUGUGACACAAAUUUGAAAAGACAAACCACCUGAAGCAAAAACCCAGCAAUCUUGUGACUGAAGAAACUGGCCUACAUCCACAUAUCCCUGUGAAGACAUGAAACGUUGAAUCAGAAAUUUCAGCCCGCGAGUGAACUUCAGGUCCUAUCAUUCUGUUGCAGGCAGCGUGUGUCGCAUCUAAAACAAUCAGAGACUCCAGUCCUCGUGCAAGUUGCCUUGUGCCUAAACUGAAUUGCCGAAUGCAUUGUAACCACAACAUGUUAUUUAUUGUGUUACUGAGCUCCAGGGUCUACUUCUAAAGGGAAGAUUAUGAUGUCAAUUGGAACAUUUGAUGAAGUUUCAGCUAAUGCCAGCAUUUGUUAAAACUGUUCAUAUACAGAGAGCAAAAACACAACCUUAUCAACCUUAUUUUGGAGCCCUAGCAUUCCCUGCAUACCUCUUAGUGUCUUAAGAAAGGGAAGGAAGAGUAUUACUGUCCUUUCCAUUCCUUUUGCCAUAUAGUGUUUUCAGUGUAAUACAAUAUUCCUUUAUAGAGCAGUUGUUUCUUAGAUGUUAUUUUUUGGUCUCUGGUUAUCUGAACAGUUCAAUUAUGGUCAUAGUUUAACCUUCAGCACUCAACUUAAUGUUAAUGUCAAGUUGCAAACCACUGUGGUAUCAAGAAUUGCUUGAAUAUCACUACCAUGACCAUAUUGUCAUUUGGCCUGCAUUUAAUUGUAACUUUUUUUUUUUUUUUUUUGUCUAAAAAAAAACAAACAAAAAACAAACAAAAAAUCUUUAUACAAAGUAAACACAUUUUAUUUGUUUGAUUUGUAAUUGUAUUAAAAAAAAAAAACUUUUCUAGGCUUUAUAGUAAAGCUUGUAACGUGAAGUGUGAUAUAGAAGAAAAUAAAAUAUCUAAUUUGUUAGAAUUGCUUUGUUUUCCAAGCAGCAGCGGAAACAGCAGUAUCGUGCUUUAAUAUCAUGCAAGUAAAGUGUUAGCUGUGAGUGUGCACUAACCCUUUACUAAACGACCAUGCUCAGAGUAGUGGGUAAGAACCUUGGUCCACCUGGGCAGGUAGUGAAACAAGAACAAUGCAGGGGAAGACAAGGGCCACAGCUUUCUCUUAGCAUUUGUGUGUGUGUGUGUGUGUGUGUGUGUGUGUGUUUUAUUAUUGUUUUCUUGUUACCCAGAGUUAGUUGAGAGGUCAUAUAUAUCAAUAACUGCCCAUAAGUGCUGUUUGUGGUAUUGACAGAUGAAACUUUCAAAGCAUUAGCACUACACAGUACAAUUAUCUAAUUAUAUUUAUCUGUAUCCUUUUUAACUUCAGUGCAGGCUGUCUUCCACUCAUAGCCAUCUUACGAGGAGACUCACAACAUUUUAAACAUUAAUUUAAGUCAUUUUAAGAACAAAUAGUGGCAUUUAAGAUAGAUAUAACAUACGCUAACUGGGGGGCGGGGGGGGGGGGUCAUUACCAGUUUACUCUUUCUUAAACAAAAAAAAAGAAAGAAAAAAGGAAACAAAUCUGUGGUUGGUUGGACUGACUAUAUAUGUGACCUUGUUCUUCAUUUCAGUGUUUUAUGAUUAAAAAAACAAAAUGUUUUGCUUAGAGCGUGAGCAUUAUCACACGUCACUGCCUGGCAUUUUCUUUUUUUUUUUUUCCUUUUUGUUUCUAAGCUUGUCCUUUUGGCAAUAUUAGACUUUGCAGUAUGCCCAGAAGCUUUCCUUCAUUGAAAAAUAAAUAAAGAAAGGAAAAAAAAAAACAUUUGGCUUAUUUUUCACUGUAGUUAGUCUUUUAUACAAUAAUCUUGUAAGAAAAUUUCUUGAAUUCUAAAUAUUACUCUUUCUAGAUUUUUGAAAUCGAAAAAGUUUUCAGUAAAAAGUUUCUUACUUUAUUUUACUAUAUUAGGUAGUAAAAAUGUAAGGUUAUUUACCAUAACCUGUCCAUUUAAGAUCAGAAAUUUAAAAAUAGCAUCCUAAGAACAUAGUAGGGUUCUAGCGCACUGUGUAGUAUGUGUGGAGUAUUGUACGAGCUAAAUGUUCAAGAUGAAUAGCUUCUCAUCUUGUUCUCCAGUUUUCAUUGUUGGUUAAUGCAGAUUUGUACCUGUGUCAAAUUUCAAGGUAUUGUUGACAGACAUUUAAAACCAGCAGUAAGAAGUUCCAUUUUUUUUUCUGUCAGUGUAACAGAAAACACAAUAUGUAUAUAACAUUUAUGUAGCUAUAAAUGUGCCAUCUUUUUUUAA